CUCGCGUCGCGCGGUGUUCCAGCGACUCGCGGGCAUGCAAGGCGUGCGCUGCUGAUUUCUGCUCCCCGCCGCCUGCUCCCUGUCAGACCCGCGCUUACCCACUUCAGUGUGACCAUGUUUGUUCCCUACGGAGAGUCGAUCCCCGACCUCGCGGGUUUCACCUUCCUGAUGCCAGCAGUAUCCGUUGGAAAUGUUGGCCAACUUGCAAUAGAUCUGAUUAUUUCUACACUGAAUAUGUGUAAGAUUGGUUACUUCUAUACUGAUUGUCUUGUGCCAAUGGUUGGAAACAAUCCAUAUGCAACGUCAGAAGAAGAUUCAACAGAACUCAGUAUAAAUGCUGAAGUGUAUUCUUUGCCUUCAAAGAAGCUAGUGGCUCUUCAGUUAAGAUCCAUUUUUAUUAAAUAUAAAUCGAAGCCAUUCUGUGAAAAACUGCUUUCCUGGGUGAAAAGUAGUAACUGCGCCAAAGUUAUUGUUCUUUCGAGCAGUCAUUCAUAUCACCGUAACGAUCUGCAGCUUCGUAGUACUCCUUUCAGGUACCUUCUUACACCUUCCAUGCAAAAAAGUGUCCAAAAUAAAAUAAAGAGCCUUAACUGGGAAGAGAUGGAAAAAAGCCAAUGCAUUCCUGAAACACACGAUUCUGAGUUCUGUAUUCGUAUUCCAGGAGGAGGUAUCACAAAAACACUCUAUGAUGAAGGCUGUUCUAAAGAAAUCCCAGUGGCGGUUCUGCUGAAAUUUGUUUCAGAAGGAGACAAUAUCCCAGAUGCAUUAGGUCUGGUUGAGUAUCUUAAUGAAUGGCUUCAAAUUAUCAAACCGCAUUGUGAAGACCCCACAGCAUCUACCUUGCCUUGGAAAAUACCAAGUUCUUGGAGAUUACUCUUUGGCAGUGGUCUUCCCCCUGCACUUUUUUGAUCUGUUUUCAGUUUUAUACCUAAUGUCCCAAAAUACUUAUUGCCAACACAACUGUUAAACAACUGUAUAAAAAGUUGUAUUAUCUAAUAUAUUAGAAAAUAAAUCUUUACUUUUCACUGAGAAUCUCAAGGAAAAAUAGAUUAACACAGGUUGUUUUUGCCAUGCUUUCAUCAUAUGCAACAAAUGUAAAUUUUGUACAAUAAAAUAUUUCCUAAAUAA